AGAUAUCCCAGGAUAAGAUAUCAUCCAAGGAAACAAAGUCAAGAAAGCUGUGAAAUUCAGAUCAGAGUGAGAGUGUUGAGAAUAGAUAUGUCUGGUGCAUCAACACCUUCAGCACCAAUCCUCCCAUGGAAAACCAAAAUCGCUCUAGCAUUCCUCUCAAGAGUCACAGACUACACCCGCCGUGACGACGGCACCGUCAACCGCCGUCUCUUCAAUUUCUUCGACAUCAGCAAAAAAAUCCCAUCACAACCAGUCCACGGACUCAACAUCACCGAUAUCACCGUCGAUCCGUCUCGUAACCUCUGGUUCCGCCUUUUCACGCCGACAAUGACAAAAUCACCUUCCGGCGCCACCACCCCCAUCGAUCCCGCCACUCCUCUUCCAGUUUUCGUCUUCUUUCACGGCGGCGGGUUCGCUUUCCUUUCCGCUGCUUCCAUCGCUUACGACUUUAUAUGUCGUCGUUUCGCUCGUGAGAAUUCCGCGAUUGUUGUGUCCGUGAACUACCGUCUCUCGCCGGAGUUCAAGUACCCUUGCCAGUACGACGACGGAUUCGACGUCUUGAAAUUCAUCGACGGGAAACAGUGUAAGGAAUUCCCGGCGAAUGCGGAUCUGUCCCGUUGUUUCCUCGGAGGAGAUAGCGCCGGUGCUAAUAUAGCUCAUCACGUCACUGUAAGAGCGUGUAACUCCACGUUUCAAGAACUGAAAGUUAUCGGAUUAAUCCAGAUUCAACCGUUUUUCGGCGGCGAAGAAAGAUCCGAAUCGGAGAUCAAGUUAAAAGAUGCUCCGUUGGUAUCUCUUCCCCGUACAGAUUGGCUGUGGAAAGUGUUCUUGCCGGACGGGUGCGACCGGAAUCACGAAGCGGCGAAUGUGUUAGGAUCGGAGAAAUUGGUUGAGAAGAUGAAAGGGUUGGUGAAUUUUCCUCCUACUUUGGUGGUGGCUGGUGGAUUUGAUCCGUUGAAGGAUUGGCAGGUUAGAUAUUAUGAAGGGUUGAAGAAAUGUGGGAAAAAUGUGGAUUUGAUUGAGUAUCCGAAUGGUGUUCAUGCUUUUUAUUGUUUUCCAGAGUUGCCUGAGACUGAUUUGUUGUUUAAAGAGGUGAAGGAUUUUAUUCAUCAGAAAUGUGAAGCAAAUUGAUUUGUUGUAAUAUCUAAUUAAGAAGUAAUAUAGUGAUUAGUUGCCGGUUAUGAUUAAGAAAUUAUUGUAUUUUUGAUUCAAUCAAAUGAAAUCAAAAAACUAUGAGUUUAUUUUACUUUUAA